AUGACGGCGGCCAUCCUGGCACAUUGUCUCCGAUUCUCCCUCUGGCAUGGCUCGCGUGAAAAAUCUGGCAGGACCUGCCCACCAGAAUGGAACGAGAAUACGUUUAUGAUUUCUCACAAGUCAAACAAUGAGAGAAGGAAACUGGGUACAAAACUCCAGGCCGAAGAAUGCAAGUCCAGCCAAUUGGAACUCAUCAGGCGGCUCCAGCAGACCUGCCGACACGAGAACGACAACCUGCUCAAGUUUGAGAUGGAUCACGACUACAACCAGACCUGCAGUGCCCUGUACAUGGUUUAUAAGUGUAUCGCAUCAAAUAUCUUUGACUGCAAUGAUGCCGCUAUGAAAAACUUUGAGCAUUACUAUCAUUCUCCCACCAGUUGUUCCUUCACUGCCGAUCAGACCUUGUUAUUACAAGACAUUAAGAUUAAGAGCGAGCAGGCAGCUAAAGCAAAAGAAAAAAAUGAGAUAACCAUCCCUCCAGUAGAAGGCACAACCAGUUCUUUAGACCACACAGAAAUUGUUAGAACUUCAACUCUUGCAAGAAACAAUAGUUUUUCUAGCAAGGAGGAACACAAGGGACAGAAUUCACACAAUGGUGCUAGUAAUAUUUGUACGCACGUUUCAACUUCUCUGUUGCUGGCGCUAGUUUUAAUAUUAACAUGA